AGCCAGCAGCUCUGUCAGAACUGUGUUUCUGCCUCAGCUCACUGGGUGGUUGGGUUGUUCAGUCCAUCAUCUGGACAGAGCCUGUGCCCUUGGCCAUAACGUAGCUGACACAUACAGACAUAUAUGAACACAUGAGCAGGCUCGAGGCAGAGAUUUUAAAAAGAAACUCCGCUCGCAUACACGGACAGCUACGAAGUUGACACUGAUGAACAGACACUCCCGCUUGACAGAUGAAGCGUUAGCUGUUAAUUAACUUGAGUGCUGAAGCAAUUAAAUGUACAGUCAUUUGAUGAUCAGUGCUUUGGGAAAAAUCUAAGAUGGUGUUAAAUACAGACUCCAAUGAAGUUGAGAUCCUUUUAGUGAUUGCAGCUGCAUAUUUGAAAGGCAAGUGUCCUCUGGGUAGAUGCAUCAAAACUGAUAAAGAAUAAACUAAUAAGACACACAGUCAAUCAAGUAACCUAAUAGGGGACUCCUGUAGGUAAAACGUGUUUGACCAGGUAUCUGAAUUCUAAAUGCAUGUUUGUUCUGUUGAAAGGCUUGUUGCCGGAGAACCUAAUAAUGCACAACUUCAGCGGGAAUUUGAGGCUUGCAUCAGUACAGGAAAGAUGGAGGAUGAAGAGGAAGAUAGGACAUGGUUUUGCAUUAGAGCCACAAUCUCCAUGGACGAGGCUUAAGAGCCAAGUUGAAACCCACAGCACAGCUUGAUAUACACACUGCCAUCCCUCUCUGUCUGUUUGAGAGAGUGCAGUGUUACAUCAUACAAUUGUUGGAGAGAUUUACCAGUAUGAUGGCACAUUGUGUAUGUGAGAGAGAGCUAGAGAGGGAACGCUAUACUGUGAGCUCAGCAGUGAAGUCUGUGGCUGUAGAGUGGGAUCCUAAAACAGAGAAUGGUGUUCUCUUCUGACACAAGCUGCAUCAGAGUAGACUAAAAGCUCCAUGUUAGUGUGGUUAUUGGUUAGUAUUUCCAUACACACUCUGAGAUCUUUUUUUUUUUUUAUCAGCUGAAUUUGCUAUUUGGCUCCUCUCUUUGGCCAAUUAUAUUUGGAUGCUUUUUUCGUUGAACGUCAUUUUAGCUAUUCUGCGGGGGUGUUUUUGUCCUUGACUCAGGACGCUAAGAAAUGAGUUGUUGUGCAUAAUGUGCUCUGUUCCUCUGUUCUGAUCAUUAUAAUGAGGCCCAGUGUGUUCAUGUCUCUCAUGUGUGUAGUUGUGUAGCUGUCUGUGCGGGCGUGAGUGCACGCUUUCCCGUUGAAAUACACACUUUUUUAAAUGUUUUUUGAACUGGUGCUAGGACUACUGCUCACCACAGGCCUAGAAGGCUGUCCUUGUGUUAUUGUUCCAAACUCUAGGGGCCAAUACCAACCUCUAUUACUCUCACUUUCCCUUUUUGCUCUUUCAUUUUUUCCUGUAUGUACAUACAUCUACUAUUCUCUUACAUUUGCACGCACCUGAAUGUUUAAGGCACAACGAAUGAAGAGUUUGCCUUUUGUUAUCUCUCUGUCUUUGUCUCUCAACCAGUAGCACUGCUCCGAAAAUAACUUUUUUCUCUCUCUCACCUCCCCCUCUCCCUCCCACUCCCUUCUCCCUUUGUACUGUAAAUGUACAGUAGAUACCAUCAAUAAUAAACGUUACAGUAGAAACCACUAUAUUCUAUGAAUGCGUGACUGACAUGUAACAGUCAAGACACGAAUUGGGGAAAGUUAUAUAUUUUAAAAGCUUAUACUAAUUGUAUUUAGCAGUGAUUUCUGUGUAUCAUGAGGAGGGAGUCGGUUCAUGGGGAAAUAAUUUGAUGUUAUGCUGUUAAGGGGGUGCCACCAAAUUUUAGUAUUCAGUUAUAUUUUUCCCAAUUAAUCUAAGUCUAUGUCCCUUUUUAAGAGAGAACAUGGGACUAGCUUUCAUUUGCCAUUUUCACUGAGCAUACAGCUCCACUGACCAUACAGAUAAUAAGUAUAACUCAUUGUUAUAACAGACUAGUUAGUGGAGCUGCAUUAAAGUCUCACAGCUGCAAGGACGGCGGGACAUGAUUCAGUUUGAGUGGUACCCCCAAUUAUCUUGUUUUGAGCAAGAUGCUUUCUGUGAAUGUGUGUGUGUGUAUGUGUGUGUGUGCACACUAGGAAUGCACAUGCCUGUCUUUGUCGUUCAAGGCCCUGCUAAAGACAGCAGAGGCCACGCUGUUCUCUAACAGUUGUUUCUCCUCCUUCCUCCUCCUCUGAAUUGGACCUCGUACAGAUGGAGAAGAUCGCCCAAGAGAGGGAGAAGUUUGCAGAUGAGGACAGCAUAUUUUACACAUUGGGAGAAUGUGGCCUUAUCUCCUUCUCUGACUACAUCUUCCUCACCACUGUGCUGUCCACUCCCCAAAGGAACUUUGAGAUUGCUUUCAAGAUGUUUGAUCUGAACGGUGAUGGAGAGGUGGAUCUUGAGGAGUUUGAGCAGGUCCAGAGCAUCAUUCGCUCCCAGACCAGUAUGGGCAUGCGACACCGCGACCGCUCCACCACAGGAAACACCCUGAAGACAGCCGGCUGCAGCUCCGCUCUCACCACCUACUUCUUUGGAGAAGACCUGAAGGGAAAACUCACCAUUGGCAGCUUUCUGGAGUUUCAGAGGAAACUGCAGCAUGACGUGCUCAAACUAGAGUUCGAGAGGAACGAUCCUGUGAACGGCAGAAUCAGCGAGAGACAGUUUGGGGGUAUGCUGCUGGCCUAUAGUGGCGUCCAGUCUCGUAAACUCAAGCUGAUGCAGAAGGGCUUGAAGAAGAUGUUUAAGGAUGCACAGGGCAUCACAUUUGAGGAGGUGGAGAAUUUCUUUACCUUCCUAAAGAACGUGAACGACGUGGACACAGCCCUGAGUUUCUACCACAUGGCUGGAGCCUCCAUAGAUAAAGUCACCAUGAAGCAGGUGGCCCGCACCGUUGCCAAAGUGGAGCUGUCAGACCACGUGUGUGAUGUGGUGUUCGCUCUGUUCGACUGCGAUGGGAACGGAGAGCUUAGUAAUAGGGAGUUCAUAGCUAUUAUGAAGCAGCGGCUCAUGCGUGGGCUGGAGAAACCGAAGGACAUGGGCUUCACUCGGCUGGUGCGUGCCAUGUUGAAGUGUGCCCAGGAUACGGCCUGGGACUUCGCCACACCAAAGACACAAUAGAGACGGCGUGUGAAUAAAGCAACGACACCAUCAUUGGCAUCAAAGACCGUUAACUUCAACGGGUCUCAACGAUUCAAACAGACAAUUAAUGCAACGGACUCAUCAGAACAGCGGCUCCUGGGGGCAUCAUCGACCGUUAACGCAUGUUGCUGUAGUUCAAACUAUCAACAUAGGGACUGAAGCACGCUGUCGCAGCGCACCCAGUCCCUGAAAGGCUUCUCUAGCAUGCCUGUCCAUGGCAUCAUGAGUAUUUGUAUAUAUUCAAAUGAUUAUUAUUAUUUUUUGCCAUAUUCUAUUGAGGAAUGCAGUGUCAGCAGGUAACUGUGACCCCUUGUCAAACGCUUAAAACAGCUCUUUUAUAUCUGCAUUUAACACGUUUUACUCCAAAAGGCCAGAAGUGGAAUCAAUCUUCUAAAUGCUGCAGUAUGUCCGUUCUACACGGACCCUUAGUUAUUUCUUUGGUGGGAGAGAGAGAGCAGACUUCAGUAAUCUUGUUAGCGCCUCUUCAUUCAGUCUGCUAGCUCCAACUGCGUCUUUAUUUCGUCCCAUAAAAGUGAAAUGACGCUUGUCUGCUCUACAAUGUACUGUUCAAAGUGUGUAUUCUUCAAAUUAUUAUUGCCCACUGAAACACUUUAUAUAAGAUGUUAAAAGAAAUGCUCUAUUAAAGAUGUUUUUAAUAACGUACAA